UAUGGAUUGAAAAUGUUUUUUUUAUGCUUACAUACAAUAGACUCAAUGGAUCGACUGCCAGAACAGUUAAAGCUUGUCAGAGCUUCAUCAUCAGAAAGAGCGCUAGAAAGAAGAGCUUACCUCUGUCUACAUAACAGAACACAGUGCUGACGUGGAGUACGGUUCUCUACAUUAAACACUGUGUUUAAGACAAUAUAAGUUUGAGAUUAUUUUUACAAUGGACUUUUUCAACUCCGCUCUUGGAAAAAACAUCACUUUUGUGCGUCCCGCAUACUUCAUAAUAAGUGGAUUUAUUGGCAUACCAUAUAUUACGUAUAUAUAUGUCUUUCUCUUUUUUGUUUAUCUUGUUUCAGUGCUGGGAAACACAGUUGUAAUGGCCGUAAUAUACUUGGAUCAUAAUCUGAGAACUCCAAAAUAUGUUGCUGUUUUUAAUUUAGCUUUUGUGGACCUUUGUGGUAGUUCUGCUCUGGUGCCAAAGCUUCUUGACAUCUUUCUGUUGAACCAUCCCUACAUCCCCUACAACGACUGCUUGGCAUUCCUAUUUUUCUGCUACACCUGCCUUUCUAUGCAGUCAUUUAAUCUGGUUGCACUUUCCUAUGACAGACUGAUAGCUAUCAUCUUCCCACUGCACUAUCAAGUGAAGGUGACCCACAGGUUUAUGCUGUCGUUGAUUGCCUCAUUCUGGGUCUUUGUUAUUAUUGUUGUACUUAUUGCAGUUGGCCUUCUUACAAGACUUUCCUUCUGUAAGUCUGUGGUUAUUAACAGCUAUUUCUGUGACCAUGGCCAGAUAUACAAGCUGGCCUGCAAUGACACAACUCCCAACUCUGUCAUUGGUGUGUUGUUGCCACUUCUUAUUAUUUGGCUGCCACUGACAUUUAUCUUGUUUAGUUAUUCAUAUAUUGGCUAUGCAUUGUCUAAAGUAGCCACAGUUCAGGAAAGAGUAAAGGCCUUUAAAACCUGCACAGCUCAUCUUUCAUUAGUGACAAUUUAUUUUCUCCCAAUAAUAAUCACAUUUACUAUGAGUUCAAAAAUAGAUCCAAAUGCCAGGAUCAUAAACUUGGCUCUGAGCUCUGUCUUUCCUCCCAUGCUGAACCCAAUCAUUUAUGUUCUGCAGACGCGAGAAAUCAAAGAAUCUGUAAAAAAAAUAUUAAAAAUCAGAAAGAAAUCCCAAAUUACGGUGAAGAAAUGAAUCCUAAAGUGACCAUUUGUGUAUCUAUUUUAGGCUUUGUGUUUAGGACAUUAUGUACAUUAAAGUAAAACUUGUUGAUAAAAUUCAAAUAAGCAACAGCUAUUGUACA